CAGUCAGGCGGGCGGGGCGGGGUGGGGCGGGCGGCGGCGGCGGCGGCUCCCCGAUGGCAGCGGCGGGGCCGGCGGCGGCCGCGGCUCCCGCUGGGCUCCAGGCGGUGACGGCGGGGCGGCGCCGCCGGGCGCGGGGGCUGCGGGCCCCCGCUGCGGGGCAGCGAGCAGCGGCCGUCGCCAUGGCAGCGCCGCGCAGGUGAAGGCGCGAGCGGCCCGAGUCCGCGGCGCCGGCGCCCUCCCCGCCAUGGCGAGCCCGGCCGCCAGCCCCGACUCUUCCUCGCACGAAGCCCUCUCCUCCGUCAACUCGGCGCCGGCCUGCUCGCCCGCUUCCGACUCGGAAAACCUCAGCCCCGAUGAGCUGGAGCUGCUGGCCAAACUGGAGGAGCAGAACAGGCUCCUGGAAGCCGACUCCAAGUCCAUGCGCUCCAUGAACGGCUCGCGGCGGAACAGCGGCUCCUCGCUGGUCUCCAGCUCGUCGGCCUCCUCCAACCUGAGCCACCUCGAGGAGGACACGUGGAUCCUCUGGGGCCGCAUCGUCAACGAGUGGGACGAGUGGCGGAAGAAGAAGGAGAAGCUGCUGAAGGAGCUCAUCCGGAAAGGGAUCCCCCACCACUUCCGUGCCAUCGUCUGGCAGCUGCUCUGCAGUGCCACCGACAUGCCCGUCAAGAACCAGUACUCGGAGCUGCUCAAGAUGUCCUCGCCCUGCGAGAAGCUCAUCCGCCGGGACAUCGCCCGCACCUACCCCGAGCACGAGUUCUUCAAGGGACAGGACAGCCUCGGCCAGGAGGUGCUCUUCAACGUCAUGAAGGCUUAUUCCCUGGUGGACCGGGAGGUGGGAUACUGCCAGGGCAGCGCCUUCAUCGUGGGAUUGCUGCUCAUGCAGAUGCCGGAGGAGGAGGCUUUCUGCGUGUUCGUGCGGCUGAUGCAGGAAUACCGCUUGCGGGAGCUCUUCAAGCCCAGCAUGGCCGAGCUGGGGCUCUGCAUCUACCAGUUCGAGUACAUGCUGCAGGAGCAGCUGCCGGAGCUGAACAUCCACUUCCGUUCGCAGAGCUUCCUCACCUCCAUGUACGCCUCGUCCUGGUUCCUCACCCUCUUCCUCACCACCUUCCCCUUGCCGGUGGCCACGCGGGUCUUCGACAUCUUCAUGUACGAGGGGCUGGAGAUCAUCUUCCGCGUGGGCAUGGCCCUCCUGCAGUUCAACCAGGCCGAGCUGAUCCAGCUGGACAUGGAGGGGAUGUCGCAGUACUUCCAGAAGGUGAUUCCCCACCAGUUCGACAGCUGCCCCGACAAGCUCAUCCUGAAAGCCUACCAGGUCAAAUACAACCCCAAAAAGAUGAAGCGGCUGGAGAAGGAAUACGCUGCCAUCAAGAACAAGGAGAUGGAGGAGCAGAUCGAGAUCAAGCGGCUCAGGACCGAGAACCGCCUGCUGAAGCAGCGGAUCGAGACGCUGGAGAAGGAGAGCGCUGCCUUGGCAGACAGGCUCAUCCAGGGCCAGGUGACGCGAGCGCAGGAGGCGGAGGAGAACUACAUCAUCAAGCGGGAGCUGGCGGUGGUGAAGCAGCAGUGCAGCUCGGCCACGGAGAACCUGCAGCGAGCCCAGAGCACCAUCCGCGAGCUGCAGGACCAGCAGGGCAACCCGCGCUUCACGGAGGAGUUCGUCACCCACCUGGAGACGGAGCUGGAGCAGUCGCGGCUGCGGGAGACCGAAACCCUCAGCGCCCUCAAAGAGAUGCAGGACAAAGUGCUGGACAUGGAGAAGAGGAACAGCCUGCUCCCGGACGAGAACAACGUGGCCCGCUUGCAGGAGGAGCUCAAGGCGCUGAAGGUGCGUGAGGCCGAGGCCGUGAAGUCGCUCAAGGAGCUGCAGCAGCAGGUCAAGGACCUCAACGACACCUGGCAGGCUCAGCUGGCGCGGGCCAGCGGGCGCUGGAAGGACUCGCCCCGCAAGAACAACGUCAACGAGCUGCAGGACGAGCUGAUGACGGCGCGCCUGCGCGAGACGCAGGCCCAGGCCGAGCUGCGCGAGCUGCGGCAGCGGGUGGUGGAGCUGGAAACCCAGGACCAGAUCCACAGCAACCUGCUGAACCGGACGGAGCAGGAGUGCGCGGGGCUGCAGGAGAAGCUGCAGUACGUCACGGCCCAGAACAAGGGGCUCCAGACCCAGCUGAGCGAGACCAAGCGCAAGCACGCCGAGUCCGAGUGCAAGAGCAAGGAGGAGGUGAUGGCGGUGCGGCUGCGCGAGGCCGACAGCAUGGCAGCGGUGGCCGAGAUGCGGCAGCGCAUCGCCGAGCUGGAGAUCCAGAGGGAAGAGGGCAUGAUCCAGGGCCAGCUCAACAACUCGGACGCCUCGCAGUACAUCCGCGAGCUCAAGGACCACAUCGACGAGCUCAAGGCCGAGAUCCGGCUGCUGAAGGGCCCCAAGGCCUUCGGCGAGGCGCUGGGCUUCGACAGCAUCCACAUCGUGCGGCACCUGGCCGACGAGGACUCGCUGGCCUCGUCGGACGAGGAGCUGGCGCCAGCGCCCUUCGCCCUGCCGCCCCGCGGCUUCCUGCGCCCCGCCGCCCGCGCCAAGGAGAGCUCGGGCAGCACCGACAGCGAGGCCGAGGAGCCCCCGGCCCCUGCCAGCCCCCACGCCGGCCCCCUGGCCCGCUGACGCGCCGGGGACGAGCCGCGGUGGGGACGAGCCGCGGCGGGGACGAGCCGUGCCGGGACGAGCCGCGCGCCGGGGACAGCGGUGAAGCCACGCUCCGACGCCAAGGUCGAACCCGUGGUCCAACGCUAAGGUCGAACUCGUGGUCCGACGCUGGGGUCGAAGCCCCGCUCUAACAUUGGGGUCAAACCCGUGCGCCAGGUGGGGGUGGACCCAUCUUCUACCUGGGGUCUAACCUGUGCUCUUCCUGGGGCUGACCCCCACGCUCUAACUUCGGGGUUGACCCCCACGCUCUAACAUGUGGGGUUGAACCCACACGCUAACGUUGGGGUCAAACCCAUGCACUGCGUGGGGGGUGGACCCACACGCCAACGCUGGGGUGGAACCCAUGCACCAGCGGGGGUGGAACUCGUGCUCUAACGUUGCAGUUGACCCACUGCUCUAACGUUGCGGUUGACCCACUGCUCUGACCUUGGGGUUGACCCCAUGCUCUGCCUGGGGCUGAACCCACAGUCCUAACGUAGGGUUGAACCGAGGCACCUGCUGGGCUCGGACCCACGUGCCAACACUGGGGUUGGACCCACAGCCCAGCUGGGGUCGAUCCCACACACUAACAUCGGGGUUGAACCUAUUCUCCAGCAUUCGGGGUCAAACCUAUGUUCAGGCUGGGGUUGAACCCACGCAGUAAUGUUGGGGUUGAACCAAGGCACCAGCUGAGGUUGGACCCACACGCCAACGUUGGGCUUGAACCCGUGCUCUGCUUGGGGUUGAACCCAUGCUCCAACGUUGGGGUUGAACCAAGGCACCAGCUGAGGUUGGACCCACACGCCAACGUUGGGCUUGAACCCGUGCUCUGCUUGGGGUUGAACCCACACUCUAAUAUUGGGGUUGACUCUCUGUCAUGACUGGGGUUGGACCCCCUUCUCCAACGUUGAGGUUGAACCCACGCUCUAACGUUGGGGUUCAACCCACGCACCAGCUGGACUUGACCCCACACACUAAUAUUUGGGUUGAACCCAAGCUCUAACUUUGGGGUCAAAACCAUGCACUGGGUUGGGGGGGGGGGAAUGGACCCACACUCUAACACUGGGGGUCAGACCCACAUGCUAACAUUCGGAUUGAUGCCACACACAACAUUGGGGUCAAACUCAUGCUCUGCCUGGGGUUGAACCCGUUCUCCAACAUCGGGGUUGAACCUGUUCUCCAACAUCGGGGUUGAACCCAUGUUCUAACUGUGGGGUUGAGCCGAGGCACCUGCUCGGGUUGGCCCCACGUGCCAACGUGGGGCUGGACCCAAAGAUGGGCUGGGGUUGACCCCACGCGCCAACAUUGGGGUCAGACCCACGCUCUGGCUGGGGUUGAACCCGUUCGCCAACAUCAGGGGUCAACCCCGGCUCCAACGUUGGGGUUGAACCAUGGUGCCAACGUUGGGGUUGACCCACAGUGCUAAUGUUGGCGUUGACCCACAUGCCAACGUUGGGGUUGACCCCAGGCUCCAACGCGGUUGAACGCUGGGACGUGGUGGGACCCCAGGAUGUGGCCAGACCCCCGGAGGGGCUUGAACCCUGGACCUGGCUGGACCCUGAGAUGCAGCCCGCUCCCGGGACGGGAUCAGACCCCGGACACGGCCUGACCGCGAGGGUGGUGGACAUGGUCCAACCCUGGAGAGGGGCCAACCCACGCUGCAGCGGGACCUCGGACACAGUCAGCGCCCGGGAUGUGGCCGGACCCUGGACACGGCCACGUCCCCCGGACACCACCAGACCCUGGGACAUGGCUCAACCCUGGACACAGCUGGACCCGGGAUGUGGCCAGAGCCUUGGAGGUGGCUCAACCCCGGCAUGACCCAACCCUCGGCCGUGGCCAGACGCCGGGACACAGCCGGAUCCCGGGACGCGGCCGGAUCCCGGGACACGGCCGGAUCCCGGGACACGGCUCAGCCUCGGACACAGAUGGCCCCGACCCGGGACGCGGCCCAACCUGGGACACGCCGGGACCCUGGACGUGGUCGGACCCGGGACGAAGGCGCCACCGGGGCCCCCCCAGCGCCCAGGUCCACCCCGGACUCACCCCCCCCCCCCCCCGCCCCAGCGCCCGGGUCCGUCCCCGUCGCGGCCAUGUCCCCCCCCCCCCCCCCCGCCUGGUUCAGCCCCCCCUGUACAGUGAAAUACAGUCGGGCCGCGGGGUCCCCGCGGUGCUCAAACUGG